AUGGGAAAAGAACUAGUGUGUGGGAUGGCAAAACAAUAUCUUUUUCCCCUUCCAAUUUUACAACAACCAGCAGACAAGCUGGUAUCCGAUACAGUGGGCAUGGUGUGCCAGUCAGUAACAGGAGCAAAAGAUGCUAUGGUGGGGGCUGUGCUGGGCGGUGUGGAAAAGACACGUAUGGCUGUGGCCGGUGGCAUAAACACUGUCAUGGGGAGCCGUAUGGGUCAGAUGGUCAGUAACGGUGUAGAUAAGGCCCUCACCCACUCUGAAGACUGGGUGGAACAGAACCUUCCAAUCAGUGAAAAGGAGCUUGCUGCACUGGCUGAACCAAGACCAGGUGAGGAGGAAGGAUUCAUAGUAACUACUAGACCCAGCUAUUUCGUCCGCCUAGGUAAACUGUCUGCAAAAGUUCGGGAGAGGGCACUUGAGCAGUCUCUCAUUAGGGCACGCAAGGCCAGAGACACUACGCAUGCAGCUGUGACUCAAAUGACCAGCACUUUGGACCUGCUGGAAAGUGCCCGGGUAACCUUGGCCAGUGCCAACCAGCAGCUAGGGGGCGCUCCGGAGCAGUUACUGCAGAGAUGGAAAGAAUGGAAGGAAGGGCAGCCCAAAGAACUGCAGGAGAAAGUAACAGCUGAGACAGAAGUAGAUACAGCAAAAGACAAGGAAGAGGAACUGGAAUCGAGAGCUCUGUCGAUGGUACGAGGUUUGAGUGAUCAGCUGAAGGCAGCAUGUUCAGGGGCUGUGUCCAGUAUACAGGGUCUCCCAGGCACUGUGCAGGAACAGCUUCUGAAUGCUCGACAUACAGCUGGAGAGCUCCAGGCAUCUCUGAGCAGCACCAAGACACUCACACCCAUUCUCUUAGAACAGACACGGCAGCAGAUCGGCCAGGUACGACAGUCAUUGGAUGGAGUCGUGGAGUACCUUCUCAAUAACACUCCUCUCAAUUGGCUGGUUGGGCCUUUUGCACCUCAGAAAACAGAGAAAGGCGAUUGAAAAUGCCAUACAACUUAAGUAAAACUGAUGAAAUAGGUUGCUAUAUGGUUCAAAUUGUUGUAUGUUUUAACUAUUUCCAUUUUUUAAUUUAAACUAGUGUUAACUGGAGUCUUUAGACUCGCACUAAAUUGUUGAAAUUACAGCAUAAUUAACAUAAAUGGCAAAUUAUCAUUUCAUCAAUGUCAGUAUUCUGAAAGUAUUGAAACCACUACCAGGUAGAGUAUGUAGGUUUCUGUGGGUGAUAUACUGUGUGUAGCAUUCAAACCUUUGUGGUACUUAAAUACUGAAUACAUGUAUGUACUUUAUGAAUAAAAGCAAAUCAUUCUUCAUA